UGAACUCUGGCUGUGCAUUGGUGAAACCGCCCUGCCUUUUACUCCUAAACCUCAGCACAGCCUUAUCUUAUCUGCGAGGACACGGGCACAAUUUUUAAUCAUAACCUGACCUCACAAAUCCGUGUGUAGUCCUCCUGUAAUGUUGGGCGUGCUUGGCACACAUACUACUAAUCCCUGGAUCCUCAGAGAAGGACCAUGAUGAUUUCUGGGACGGUGUUGCCAGGGGGAAGGUGGCGACUGGGACCUGUUGGAAAUGACAGCUGAAGAAAGCGGAUUGAAGCACAGGAAUCACAAUAACAGUAAAAAAAGAAGAUAGCGGAGAGACUCCCUCGGAUCACUGUGUAAAGGGGUUGUAGACAUGGAGUCCCUGAUGAGUGCGGUGGCACCGCGCUCCCCAGCCCCCGCCAAGAAGCUGUCAGAGGUGGACUUCCGGUCGGGGGCCACCCUGGAGCAGUUGUCAGCACAGGUGUCCGAGCUGGUAGUACUGGAGCAGGGAGAGUUCGGAGACCAGACUGCCUUAGAGGUCCACACUGCCAAGGACUUUAUCUUCAACAUGCUCGGAUUAGUCCAAAAGGUGGACCAGCGCCUCCCGGUGGCCAACGAGUACCUGCUGCUGUCAGGCGGGGCCCGAGAGGGAGUCCUGGACCUCAACCCGGAGGAUCUCGGGGACUACGCCAAAGGGGCCGACUUUGACCUGGAUUUCACCUUGCUGGUGCCCGCCCUCAAGCUCCAUGACCGGAACCAGCCCGUCACGCUGGACAUGAGGCACUCCCCGCCCUGCCACUCGUGGCUCAGCCUACGCCUCUGCGACUCCAACGUCAUGUCCCGCUGGAGCAUCUGCUGCCAGGAGGAGAACGGAUUCCCCGCUGAGGAGGACGAGGAGGAUGAGGGAGAUAUGUGUAAAGGCUUGAGCCCCACUCUGGACUCCCCUCAGUCUCUGGACGGGUGCUACUUCUCUCCCUCCCUGGUGACAGACUGGUUCUGGGGGGUAGUGAGCGAGGCUGUGGACGAGCUGAGGCGCAGCCCCCAGAGAGGCAUUCCCAGCCCAGAUCGUCUGGAGAGGAAUGGCCCCCUCACCACUAUCAUCCUCCAGGCGGGCUCAAGCCGGGUGCUGUACGACCUGCUGCCCGUGGUGUCGUUCCGGGGCUGGCCUGCCGUGGCUCAAGGCUGGCUGACCGCCAACCACUUCUGGGACGGUAAAAUAACAGAGGAGGAAGCCAUAUCUGGCUUCUAUCUGCUGCCCUGCUGCUCCCCGCUGGGCGGCCGGCCGGACAGGGAGUGGAGGCUGGCAUUCUCCCGCAGCGAGGUUCAGUUGAAGAAGUGCAUCCCGUAUCCCAUGGCCCAGGCUUUCCAAGCAGCCAAAGCCGUGUUGUCCCGCAUCCUUUCCAGACCUCGCCGUGGCCUCAGCCUCUAUCACCUGCGUACCCUCCUCUUCUGGGCCUGUGACCGACUUCCUGGCACUUACCUGUCAAGCCCUGACCCCGACACCCCUGGCCGCCUCCUCCUAGGUCUCCUCGAUGACCUCGCUCAUUGCAUCCUUGGUAAAAACUGCCCAAACUACUUCCUGCCCCAGUGCAACAUGCUGGAGCACCUUACAGACAGCCAGGCAUUGCUGGUCGCCAGGAAGCUCGCCCACCUGCGGUCGGAUCCCAGCGAGCACCUGCGGGCGGCUCUGGAUCAGGCCCAGCAGGCGGGGCAGCUGAAGAAGGAGCUAACAGCUAGCACCAACGGCCACGGAUCCCCCGGGCACAAUCCAGCUAACGGCAUCAUCUCCCCGUCGGAGGACAAGCUAGCGCAGCGACUGCAGCAGCUGGUCACUGAGAACCCUGGGAAAUCCAUAUCGGUCUUCCUCAACCCCGAUGAUGUCACCAGGCCGCACUUCCGCAUCGACGAUAAGUUCUACUGAUAUGUUUUGAAGCGUGGAAAUGUGUUUAGGUAACAAACACGGCCUAUACAUGACGUCAAAGGGUGAGAGGCAUAAAAAUCAGGCGUGGAACUGAACACACUGCUCACUUACGCCUUGCUGCUGACUCUUUAAACCAAAAACAAAUGUCCUACUACUGACGUCACCAAGCUGUUGCCACGGAGACGGCCCUCUCCUAUCGAGCUGGCCUUAACGAGACUCAUCAGCUGGUGCUACAAAGACAAGGGCCCGCUUUAGUCUUGUGAAACAAGUCAAGUGGAACUCAAAACAAAAAUUGUGUGCGUGUGUGUGUGUGUGUGUGUGUGUACACGCCUUAGGGUUUUCAGAUAUUACUUCUUAAGACGGAGAGAAAAGCUUCUUGAUUGCUGCGUUCCUCCCUCCCGUUGGUUUUAGAUCAGAAAACAAGGUGUGGCUGAUGUAACUGAAUGUAAUGUUGUGAGGAGAGUCUCUUCUCUCUGUCGACUACAUUUCAGCCCGCUUCUUUUUCUACCCCCACGCCUCCAUUUAUGGCACCUUCUUCAUUUAAAAAAAAAUCUUUCUCAGGUAUUCAUAGUACUCAUCAUUGUUCUAUGUGUAUGAUUCAGUAAAGGUCUUAAUCUAUGUUUCAAUGCCGCUUACAUUUCAUCGAGUAGUGGAAUGUACCAAAGAGCUGCACUUGAGCGGUUUCGCAUACAGAAACGUACGUCUUAUGUCUAAUUUUGAUGAGUCACGGUCAGAACGUUAGUCAACCUUUUCUCCUUGUGAAGGUCUGGUCACUACAGCAGCUAAAACGGCAACACUCUGUGGCAAAAAUCAAUACUUCAAAUAGAAUCAAUGCAGAAGGUGGAAUGAAUAAGUGAAAAACUGGGAUUUAUGACAGUUCUAAAACAGGUACGAAUACAUCUCUUGAAAAUACUGACUCGAGCUAAUGAGUUUUGGUUAUUAUUAGCAAGCUUGUUUUUUCCCCUCUUCAUAUGAAUCCUUUAUUGAUUAAAAUAAUUGAAAAUCUUUGGAAGAAGGCUCAGUACAGAGUAAGUGGAAAGAAGUUGGGUUAGCAAUUGUAACUUACUAUGUUAGCGGUUAGCUCGCAAGCUAAACCAACUAAUAUGCGAGGAAUAAUUCCCAGAGCUUUGACAUAUGUUUGUUGGCAAAUAAGCAAUUUAAACCUCUUUCAUGAAAGAUUCCAAGUAUUCCCUGAUUCCACCUUCGUAAAUUAUGACAAUUUGAAGCUUGUUUGUGUGAGAUAUGAUAGUAAAAUUGAAUGUAUUUGUGUUUGAGAUUGUUGGUUAGCUAAACAGCUACUGAAGACACCACCUUAGGAUCUGGGUCAUUUUAAAGUGCAUUUCUGGGACAUUUUACACAAACAAAACUUACCAAUAAUGGUAACAACUAACUUUGCUGUGCUACUUCCUGCCGUGACCAGGCCUCGGGGAAUGGUUGACACUGAAAAGGAUGGGAAUGUAAAAUGUAUUAAACUUGCUAAUUAUAUUAUAAUACAAUGGCGAUCUUGUAUUGUACUAAGAUGUAAGGGUUGCUACGAUAUUUGAGAAGUCGUUGGAAGCUUUUUCAAGUUCUGUUCCCCUUCCUGAGCAGACCUUUUUGUCUUUUGUGUUUGGAGUGUUAAGGUAGGCCCUUUAUAAGGGAUCUAGAAAGUAUAUAUUGAGAUACAAAGACUCAAAUUAGAAAAAACACAGGUAUAGAAUCAGGACUGUGGCUAUUUAUCCACCUUAUUCACGACUAAUUCAUGGUACUUAACUUUCAAAACGGCCCUGCACAUCUUGUUGCACAUCUUUCCGUUGAAGUUUUUUGUUUGUCUCUUGAUUUUUGGAAACUGGUUCCAAAAUGGUUCCUGAGUGAUUCUGAUAAUUGUCCCCUGUCUCCUCUGCAUGGUUGGACUUUUUUAAUGAGCUUUGCGUGCAUGUGUGUGUGUACACCCAGAGACGAGACGCACAGCAGGACGCAGACACCCAGAUGCUGCCCUGCUGAAUUUGCCCUCAGUGGGUGCGUGUUAGCCGCUGCGCCCUAUCGCUGCUCAGCAGACAGGAAUCAUCUACGGGGGGACGGAGGGAGGACAGGCCUAUCUCUGCUCCUUUGAAGAGGGGAAGACGGGCCUUGCGGGGCCUGGACAGCUGCCUAUGUCUCCUGGUUUUCUGCUUUCUCUCACUCUUUUUGCUCCUCUUCCUCCCUCCUAACAUCCUCAGUGUUGGCUUCUUUAUUACUUUUAAGAUCCAGAGCAGCAAAAACUCUUCUAAUCUUAUGUUUACACUCUUUACCCCGAUUUGAUCAGGAGCUAUGAAGCCAGUAAAUGGUGCAGUGGAGAAGGAAUAAUAACCAGACGGCCGUUAAUGUCAAUUUUCUGGGGUCUUACUGUAAUUCAUUUGAGACAAAGUUGACAAUGUAAUGGGGUUUCAACAAAAAACAAAAUGCUGCUAUACUUGCAAAGGCAAGAUUUUAAAAAGCUACAUGCACACAGUUUCUUUUAAAUGUCAAGGAGGUGAUGGUUAAUUCAUUUAAAGCUGCUGGUGUGAAUAUUUCCGAGUUUUGUAUUUGAACAUCUGCUCUAAAAUCUCAUGUGCUUACUACUGAAUGAUUUUUUUUUACAGCAUCCAUCUGUUCUGAUGGUGUUCGUGUGUAUGAAUUGAAAACCAAAGUGUGGUGUUGGGGCAGAAUGUGUGUGUCAGUUUGAGUUUCAAAGCAUUUUUUCCUGGAUAAAUAUCACAUUAGGAAGGAAAAAAUGCAGCGUUUAUUUAUUUAUCGGAAAUGUAAAAGGUACUUUCUCUUUGCCUUUGCCUUGUUAUGUCUGACUGAGAGUAUCGAGUGUGUCUCACUUGUACCACAAUGGGCCUAGUUAGAGAUUACUAAACACUGGAAAGAAUCAAUGUUGUUCGCUGAAUUGUACAAUAUUAAAAUAUACUAUAGUGUCAGCUUUUAGAUAUGCAAUCAAUCCCUCUACUCUAAUUCCAACUGACAUAGUGAACGCGGAUCUGCUGUCCAGGGAUUGCAUGAUGACACUCGCAAACGUCUGAUGAUAAAAAAAGUCUGAUGAUUGUUUUUCAGAUUCUGCGCAUAAAUAAUACGAUGAAUGUAUCCCACGUCUACAAUCUGUUCCCCCCUCACCGCUAUCUGCACUCCAGUCCGAUAACAGUCUGUUCUGAAUCACUCCACACUUUGAGAAAUGUCAUAUCUUUGUUAUUAUUUGAGCUCUUUUCUUUUUUUGAUAAGUGCAAAUUAUUUUCUCUAUCAUGAUAUGCUGUAUUUAUUACUUUCUGGGGGUUUAUAUUGAUCAAGCUUUAGCAUGGAAUAAAUCACUACAUUUCAAAUCA